AGAUCUUCGGAAUGUUCAUCACGGCAAACAUAGAGGUGCAGCGUCGACAACUCGCGUUACUAGCCGGAGCGUUCUUCGGGGUGGGUUGGUUGGUAUUCAUCGAUUCCCUGCUUCAGUUCAACCGCUGCUGGGAUCAGCUGGACUACGGGGACCCCUGCAGCUGGGGACCUGCUCCUCUCAACGCGACUUCCAAGUAUGUGCACACGCCUGACUCGCCCCCGCCCUCCUUCAACCCGUUUCCCCCCUGGCCAGGAGGCGGAGGGCAACCCACCACUACCCCGGAGCCCGUCACGCACAAGGGCUGGUCGGGGCUGGACGGCAAGUACAAGCUCGUCUACAUCCCCGGGAUCAUCGCCCUCGUCUCCCUCUUCUUCGUCAACACCGUCAACGUGCGGGACCUCAGUGAAGACACGACGGAGGUAGCUGAAGGCGCUUCCCCCGUCGCCCUCAAGGUGUGGCUCUUCACCGGGAUGAUCAUCGGCUUCACCUCCAUCGCCCUCUCCAUCUGGGUAUACGCCGACCUCUUCUCUCGCAGCCCCAACAUCCAAGACGACCCGGCCCUUGCUGCCAUGAUCCAGACCAUCUUCAUCGCCAUCGCCUCCUACGUCUUCUUCAUCGCUCGUUCCAUCGGCGGGCACGAGCUCUGGGGAACAGACCCCCUGCUGUAAGGCUACCAGGAGAGCGAGCGGGAGCAGGAGGAACUAACUUACUGUACAAUAGAGACAAACAAAAGCG